AUGAAAUUAGAUGCAUAUGACAUGAUUAUUAAACAUCGUCCUGGCAAAUCUAAUGCCAAUGCAGAUACUCUUUCUAGAUAUCCUUUAAAAUCUGAGGUAGUAGCAGCGCUACAAACAAAUGGCAUCUUUAUCGGUGCUCUACAAGAAAGUCAAGAAGUUGCAGUUAAUAUCUGGAAGCAUUGUAAUGUUUUAGAUGAUAUAAAAUUGGCUCAACGCCAAGAUAAGGAAUAUAGUGCUCUUAUUUCAUUUAUUCAAGAUGAUAUUCGUCCUGAUCACGGCAUUCUAUGUGGAAAACUAGAAAAUCUUGCAAAAAUCCAUAAAGUUGUUAAUGGGAAAUUACACAGAGUCAGAAAAUUUGAUGAAGAUUCUUCUCUUAAAAGUGUAAACAAUCACUUUUCUCUUUGA